AUGAACGACAUCGACAGCGCGUUCGUCACCCAGUCUUUCGAGGAUCUCUUCUCAACUCUUAGUCGGUGGGAACUUGACGGUGACUUGGUCCUUGACAUCAGCAUUUAUUCGCCAAGCGACUCUGACCACUGGUUCAAGUACCUCGAGUUCGGACCCGACAUUCCUUACGGCCGGUCUUCUCCUUCGUUUCGACAUAGUGAGGUGUCGACGCAGUCCUUGACCGACCUAUAUGACGACCCGGCCCACGGCUGGCGUGCCGGUCGCCGAGAAACAGCCCUGAAAUCUCAGGUAAUAAACAGAGUUUUCGACGAGAUCGAGUGUCCGGUGCCAUGCGAAGACGAGGAGCUGGAGAAGAAAUGGUGGCAACGACUGCCCCUAGUUCCUGCCAUCACCGGCGUAUAUCUUCGACAGCAGACGCGGCGUCGAUGGAAGCCAACUGAUCUCACACGAAUGUUCGCGCGGUUUCCCAACCUAAACGAACUGUGGUACGAGCCUUGGAAAGAUGAGCCGCUCAUGCAGAGUUUUACAGAUAAAGAUCACGAGACGCUAUUCGGUUCGCUCCAUAAAAACCUGCGGACGAUGAUUCUGUUUGAAAAUUUCAAUCAGGACUACGAGAUUCCCAAGUCCUGGCACUUGGAAGCCAUCAGAGCCCGGAUGGGAAACACGGCUUUGGCACGAAAGCUUGCAAAGACCAGUCAAGAUCUUCAAGUGCUGUCUGCUUCAUUCAUAGUCGAUGCUCGGCAUUUCUUCCUUGCUCGACGAGAAUCUUGUAUAUGGCCGAACCUGACAUCGUUGACGCUGACUUCGAGCCUGUUGGGCCCCGAUGCAAGUAGUGCCGACAUUGACGGCAUGCUUUUGAAUGCUGCUGCCGCCGCCUCGAAUAUGCCCAAGAUCCGAACCAUAGAGAUCUGGAACGGCAAAAAAGGCUUGGCGAUGCUGUUCCGCUACCGAACAGCUCGAGAUGGGCAAUCGGUUACUGUCACGCUGAGAGGAACUUCUGAAGUGAUCCUUAGGCCUACCGUUGCUCAAGCUUGGGAGGCAGUUGCGCUUCGGCAUCGCCACGGCAGGUUGGAGAUUGAAAGCGACUCAAUAGAUGGAAAUAUCAUCAAAUCCCAUGGUGAAGCUAUCUGUCAUCUCAAGCUCUCGACGCAGGUCAUCAGACCAGUCUCGCUUCGACAAAUCGUCAAAGAGGACCAGCUCAGGACAGGACCUUUCAACAUGAAAAUCUGGUGA